AUGGGGAAUUGCUUCACAAACACCAAAGUUGUAGCUCAAGACGACCAGGACGAGACAAGAAACGUUAUUCCAGCUGCUGGGGUACUUGAGACUAAGAAGGAAAAGAAGAAGAAAGUGGUUAGCUUCAAAGCAAACGAAGAAAACAACGUUGAUAGUGGAAAACCCAAAGAUGGGGUUGUGAGGAUAAGAUUUGUGGUGACACGGAAAGAGUUGAAGCAAAUUUUAAGUAGUGGGAAAGAUUUAAACAAGUAUUCUUCAAUGGAGGAAGUGGUAAGAGCUAUGAAAUUGAGAGAGAACGAGGUUUGUGAUGAUGGCUUCCAUGGAGCUUGGAGACCGGCAUUGGAGACUAUUCCAGAGGAAUAUUAA